GUCCAGACGCCCCCAGGGCUUGCGUGGUGUGGGGAGGGAGAGGUAGACGUGAGGCGGGCUGGGCUUGGCCUUCUCUAGGAUUCGGUCCAAGUUUUCCUUUCUCCUCCUCCUCCCCGUCUCCGGCGCUCCUGGCCCUCCCCUCUCACGCAGAUCAGGUGAUCCUCGUUGGUCACCGCCCCUGCCGCGUGACGGACUCACGCCGGGCGCCCCUUCUGAGCCUGGGGGCGUCAUGGCGGCCGUCAGGGAGGGCUGGAGUGUGGCCCGCCUGGUGGGAGGACGAGGGGAUCGGGCCCUGGCUCGCCUCCUGCCGCUCCGCGACGCGGCCGGCGGAGACGAUAUAUUUUUAAUUCAAGCUUCUACUUCACUCAAGAAAUUAAAAACCCUUUGUAAAGAAGAUGAAGAAAAUGUGAAUCCAUCAAUUCUUAUAAAGCUUUACACACAGGCUAUAUUGGACAUGACAUAUUUUGAAGAGAAUAAGCUGGUAGAUGAAGAUUUUCCAGAAGACACUUCUUUACAGAAAGUAAAGGACUUAAUCACUAUUCUUUCUGAACCAGAAGUUUUAGUUAAAGAAAGUAAUCUGCAUCCAAAACACUCUGAUAUGCUUGGGACAGAACUACUAGAAUGCCUUUAUUGGAGAAGAGGAGCCCUACUCUAUAUGUAUUGCCAUACUGUGAGAGCAAGGGAAGAAUGGCAAUCAGCAAAGAGAGAUGUGUUUAAAAAGUGCCUCAUUGACGGAAUCAGUUAUCUCCUGAAGAUGUUUAAUUUUCGAUGCCCUCUUCACCUGAAUGAAGACGUUUCUUUUCAAGACAUGGACACAGCUAAGUUACUUAGUGAAGGUGUGUUCAGUGACACUCAUUUGCUGGCCAUGAUGUACAGUGGAGAAAUGUGUUAUUGGGGACUGAAGUAUUGUGUAAAUGAAGAGCCAGAAAAUUGUGAUGUAGACACUAAUGGACCUGGGACAAGCAUCAUUCCACUCAAAGAUUCCUUGGAUUUUCGAGAAAUAGGAGAAAAGAUUUUAAGAAAGUAUAUAUCUAUUUGUGAAGGACCCCUGAAAGGACAAUCAUGGAAUACCACAAAUGCAAAGGAAAUACUAGACUUCUUCAAACAUUGCCAUCACUAGUACAUUCUUACCUUUGCUAAUUUUUCCUUUUUUACCACAACAAGAUACAUUUUUCAAGAACUCUGAAAAAUAAGACUUGCUGAUUCUGAAUUAAUGCAAUUUUAGAUCCUAUUAUAUAGUGUAGUAGGGUUACAGAUUUUUUUUCCUCUGUUAAGCUAUCAACCAUCAUUUGAUUUUUAAAAAAUUUUAAACUUCUGAAAUAACAUCUCAAAUGACAAUCUGAUUAUGUAUGUGAAUUGUUGAAUAUUUCUUACUUCUAAAAGAGAGUUCAGUGUACUCUGAAUUUGAAUGGGAAAGCCUCCAAAUACCUCAUGGCUAAGAAUCUGAUAGUAUCUUAUUUAGCUUUUUGAGGGUAUGAUAAGUUUUCUGUCUUCUUCUUCCCACUGCUUUUCACCAAAAUCCCAUCUAUUCCAUGCUUCUGAAGUUGUGUGAGGUUAUCGCCAUCUUCCUGGUUGCUAAGGUUCAUAACCUUAAAGGCCAUUCUUUAGUCUUCCCUCUCCCUCACCCCUACUAGCGUAUGGGUUGAUCAAGGAGGACUAGCACCUCUGGUGUGAGGGCUUGCCAAGCCCUUUUUAGGGAUGUUUAUCCACUUUUGGUGUCACCCAACUCUAAUCUGUGAUGCCAAGAAGCUGUAGCAUGUGCAGCAGUAACAGGUCUCAAACCCAUUGGCCUGUUGGUGAGUUAGGGGGAUGUCUAUCCCAAACAGAUGAACCCCAUGCAGAAUGGGCAGAUGAGAACAAUUUUUUGUAACAGCCGUGAAGGCAGCUAAAGGCAGAUGCUGUGGAACAAUUAGAGCGGGCCUGCCCAACAUACAGCCACGGGCGUAUAGGCCUGUUUUACAUCCUCUACAUUUUUCGUAGGCUGUCCAGAAUCCUUUGGUGGGCCACGAGUGGCGUGUGGGCUGUAUGUUGUGUAGGUUGAUCAUACAUCAAAGACGCCAAGUAGUCUGCUGCAUCCCAGGUCAUCACCAUUCAUCCUGACUUUUUUUUGCCACUUAACUUCAAUGACUAGAAGAGAGAAUGAGGCAGACAACUUGGUGCAACUCUGCCUCUUUUAAAUCCAAUUCACACAGGAGUUAAGACACUGUCCUGUGAUGUUGGCGGUCCUCUUUGAAAAUGAAGGAUGAACACUACCAGUUGCCAAGUCUUAUUGAUUCUAUAUCCACAACAUAUUUGACAUCCAUCUUCUUUCCGUUUCCUUAAUACACUAUGCUCCAACCAAACUGGUCUGUUGACUGUUCACAAACUUAUGUUCACAUCUUCCUAAAGUGUUUUCUCACAAACUUAUUUAUGUUCCAUGUCCUCCUAAUGUACUUUCUUAGCUUUUAAAAGAAUUAUUUCUUUCAUUCCACACUGUUUAACAAACGUUAACAGACAUGGGCAUUUCCAUAUACAAAGAAGAGAAAACAAGAUUGCGUAUGAAAUCAUUAAUCUUUUUUAUGUCCUGCUUGCUUCCUUUUUUAAAGCAUAUGAUAUCUUCAAAUAGUUUAAAAUCUGUCUUGCUAAUUGGUGUCUCCUUUUGAACCUUCAUCUUUCUUUUCUGUGCAUUUCUCUUCAGUGCUUCAUUGAUCCUCUUUUCUUCAUUUUUUUGUCAUCACUAUAACUAGCUCCCCCUUUCCUCCAAUUGUAAAUAUGAUUUCCCCAAAAUAAAAAAAAAACCUCACUUUCUUGUAACAAAUAAGUAUGGUUAAUCAAACCAGAUCCACACAGGCUAUGUUGAAAAAAUAUAUGUGUAUCAAUUUGUACCUUUACUUCGUCACUUUUUUUUAGGAAGUGGGAAGCGUGCUUCAUCACCAUACUCUGGAGUUGUGGUUAGUUGUUGUAUUGCUCAGAGUUCUUAAGUCUUUCAAAACGGGUUUUCUGUAUGAUAUUAUAGUAAUAUAAAUUGUUCUGGUUCUGCUCACUUCAUUCUAUAACAGUUCAUACAAGCCUUCCUGAUUUCUAUGAACCCAUUCUUUUUGUCAUUUGCUUUGGUACAAUUAUAUUCCUAUUCCUAUACCAGAAUUUAAGGAUACCCCCUUAGAUUCACUUCUUUACUACUACAAAAAGUGCUGAUAAAAAUAUUUUUGUACAUAUGUGUCCUUUUGUGUUUAAUGUCUUUGGGGCAUAUGACUAGUAAAGAUACCACUGGGUCAAAGGACUUUAAUUGGGGCAUAACUCCAAAUUGCUUUCAGAAUCUGUCUCAGGACUUUUCAUACAAGCUGCCCCCAUACCCAGGCAUGCCCUGCUUCCCCAAUGCCACUUUCUAGAAGCCUCCUUUUCCUCCAGGGAUCAAUUCAGGAACCAUUGUUUGCAUAAAACCUGUUAAUGUUCUCUGUCUUUCCUCCCAACCCCCAUGGUUUUUAAUGCUCUUGCCUUCCAUGGUUUGCCUUAUAUAUGUAUGUGCAUUAGCACUGUACAAUUCCAGAAUAAAAGCUUGCAGGCAGGAACUGUUUCGUUUUUGUCUUUUGGUCCCCAGUACUUAAUAUGGUGUCUUACACAUAAUAGAUGUUUAAUAAAUGUUUAUUGAUUUGAAUUUGGGGAUUUUGUUGAUCUGUUUUUAGUGAACUUUGCCAUCCUUAUUACCGUGAGAGCUCAUCAACUGAUUUUUUGAUUAUAGGGUAUCAUUGUAAAAAUCUAUGUUGUAAUAGCAGCCACACUAAACAGGUUUAAAUCUUAGCACUGCCACUGAUUAACUAGGACCUCUUGGGCAAGUUACUUAAUUUUUCUGAGUCUGUUUCCAUGUCUGUAAAAUAGGGAUAAUAUUACCUGACUUGCCUAUCUCAUCAUAGGUCAGUUGUGAAGUGGAGUGAAAUAAUCCAAGUACAAGUUUGAUGUAACUAUAAGAAGGCAUUAUUGUAAUAAACAGAACUGUCAUUUUGUAAGAACAAAAAAGCCUUCUUCCCAUUGUGACUACAUGAGAAAUGGGUAAAGGAAACAUUAAAGGCAGAAGCAGGAUGCCCAGUUUCUCAUUAAUUAGCUUGUAUGCAGCAGAACUUUCAACUUUUAAGGUUUCCAUGUUCUGCUUUAUUACCACUAAGAAGCAGCAAAAGUGGAUAUGUUCCCAAAUCACACAUGCAACAAGCAGGGAGGACCCUAAAUUCCCAAUCUGUAUGAAGGGACUAUGGGACUAUUUCAUGAAUCUCCUCUGCCAUGCUCAUUGCAUGUUAUUAACUAGGGCAGGGCUUCUUAAACUUUUCCCACUCCUGACCCCUUUUCGAGUUUUGGCAGCAUUCGUUGAUGUUGCAGGGCCUGAUGACAUGCGCAAUGCAAACUGCUUUGUGUUCAGAACCAACGCUGCCGUGAAGUUUCGAGAUGCAACACAGGCAAGUGCUGCCAGAAACACCUAGGAGUUAUUACAUGUGUGACUUUUAAUUAAUUUUUGGUUGUUGUUCAUUCGGAAACCUCUUAUUGUUGCCAAAUUUUUCGCAACUCCAUAUGGGAUUGUGACCCACAGUUUAAAAAGCGCUGAUUCCUAGGGGACUUCUGGAAAUGUGGGGCAAAUAAUGACUUGCUGUGACUAUGAGGGACUUUAUGUUACACUCACAACUGUUGCAUAAGCUGAGAACUCCUGUGUGACUUUUAAAUCCAGUCAAUGGGUAUCUCUGCCUCAAUCCUCUCCUCUAUUUAACCCAUCCUCCAUGUAACUACCAAAUUCAUAUUUUUAAAGCACAUCUGACCAAGUCACUCCACUACCCAAGAAGGUCCACUUGUCAUCUCCCUGUUAGCCUUAGGAUAAAAUGCAAACUUCUCUAUUUGGCACUUAAAACCCUUCAGUCUUGUUUUUCCAGGCUUGGUGCACAUCGUGCUCUACACAUUCUACCCAUCUAUGACAGGUAUUAUUUGGUUUUUGUCUUCGUAUUUGCUUGUUGAAUGAAUGAAUGAAUAAGUUGCUAUUUGGAACUUUGGAGGCAGUCUUCAUUCAGGAAUCAUUUAUUAAAUGCUUUGUGCCAUAGACAGAGUUUGGUGAUACGCCUACAAUUGUGUACUGUUAUUAAUUCUGGAGUAUCAAGAAUUCCGAAAGAAUAAAUUAACAAUGACUUUAUCUGCUUGGAGUUUGACAUAGUUUGUAAAUAUUUUACUUUUAGAACUCUAAUAGAACAUAAAUACCAGGAGGGCAGGGACAUUUUUCAUUUUUGUCUUUGUAUGCCUAGUUCCUAGCUCUAUGCCUGGCUUGGAGGAACGAAAUAAAAUGCUUGUUAAAUGAAUGAAUGAUUGAUCUAAA